GCGAAUGGGGGCGCGCGUUCGUCCCUCCGGGCAGCGCUGGGGGCCAGAGUGCCCCGGAGCCAAUGGCAGCGGAGAGGUGCCGGUGCCGAGCCGGGAGCAGACUUGAGUAGUGCUUGGCUGUGCCCCUUCUGAGUGCUCCCUAGGAAAGUGACGAUGAUCACAUUCAUGAACAACUCGGACAGCGAGGAGGAGCCCUGCAAUGAGAGAACAUCCCUGAUGUCUGCAGAGAGCCCUCCAGUACCCUCCUACCAGGAUGGCCUGCAAGCCUCAGAAGCAGGGGAAGCGCAAGCACGUAGGAAGAGACGAACAGGUAGCAGCCGUAGCCCGCACAAUAUUGCUGAUGGGGAAAUGUCUGACUCUGGUGUUCCAGUGAGAGGAAGCACCUUGGAAAAUGAAGAAGAGGAACUGACUCUGAAAUAUGGAGCAAAGCAUGUAAUCAUGCUCUUUGUGCCUGUCACCCUUUGUAUGAUUGUUGUCGUCGCCACCAUAAAGUCAGUGCGCUUCUAUACGGAGAAAAACGGGCAGCUGAUCUACACCCCUUUCAGUGAGGACACCCCGUCUGUGGGUCAGCGUCUCUUGAACUCCGUGUUGAACACCAUCAUCAUGAUCAGCGUCAUUGUUGUAAUGACCGUUUUCCUAGUGGUGCUCUAUAAAUAUCGCUGCUACAAGUUCAUCCAUGGCUGGCUGAUCCUGUCCUCUUUGAUGCUGCUCUUCCUUUUUACCUACAUCUAUCUUGGUGAAGUAUUGAAGACGUACAACGUGGCUAUGGAUUACCCUACUCUGUUCUUAGUCAUCUGGAAUUUUGGAGCUGUUGGAAUGAUUUGCAUCCACUGGAAAGGUCCCUUGCAGCUCCAGCAAGCAUAUCUCAUUAUGAUCAGUGCUCUAAUGGCACUGGUUUUCAUUAAAUAUCUUCCUGAGUGGUCAGCAUGGGUGAUUCUAGGUGCAAUCUCCAUCUAUGAUUUGAUGGCUGUUCUUUGUCCCAAGGGGCCACUGAGAAUGCUGGUAGAAACUGCACAGGAGAGAAAUGAGCCCAUUUUUCCAGCAUUAAUAUAUUCCUCUGCUAUGAUGUGGACAGUUGGAAUGGCAAAGCCAGACACAGCAGCAAGAGGAUCAAGUCAGCACACAUGGGAUGCAGCUGAGGAUGGGAGACAGAACAACAGGAGCCCUUCACAUGCAGACUCUCAAACGCCCGAGAUGAGAAGUUCUGUUCCAACCCACCCCAUCACUUCUUUAGAGGAGCUCGAGGAGGAGGAAAGGGGCGUGAAGCUGGGCCUUGGAGACUUCAUAUUUUACAGUGUGCUUGUUGGGAAAGCAGCUGCCACAGCCAGUGGAGACUGGAAUACUACACUGGCCUGCUUUGUAGCCAUUCUCAUAGGUUUAUGUUUAACUCUUUUAUUACUGGCUGUUUUUAAGAAAGCACUGCCUGCUCUUCCCAUCUCUAUCACCUUUGGCUUGGUCUUUUACUUCUCCACAGACAACCUUGUGCGACCAUUCAUGGACACCCUGGCCUCCCACCAGCUGUAUAUUUAGAAGAAGAAACAGGAGUUAGAGGAUCCUUUUCAAAGCUUUGCUGUGAAGUAUGGUACACUGUUUGGAUUAAGUUAAAGUUUUACACUUAGUGCCAUAUAUCUGUAAGGAAAACACUAACUGUGACAGGUGUUCUAAAAAUCUAAUAGUUACAUGUUGAACUGAGAUUUUUCACAGGACUCUUGGACUCCAGUGAAAAGCCUGGCUCAUAGCUGAUGUCAGAGCAUUACUUUUAUGUUAUUUGAUGUACAUGCUGGCUGCUGUGAGCACAGAAACCUGCACGUAGCAAGGGACACUGGAGAGGUGUGAAGGGUUCAAUCAAACUGUGCUUCGAGAAGCUAAGGUGGUUUAGCCCUGGAACUGCAGUCAAGUUUAACUGUAUUCUAGAAUUUUGAAAGCUUCACACUUUUGAAGCAUUGCACAAACGUGUGGUGCAAAUAAGUUGGACUUGUAAUUAGAAAAACAUUGCAGUCAGUAUGCACAGACCACAGCAGUGUGUUACACCUGGCCCUCAGCAUUAGAGAGGCUGUGAACUUCAUGUAAUGGCCUCCAUGCACACAACUUCUGUUGAAAUUGCCCCAAAUGCCUAUUUAUUCUGACCUUCAGUAGACAUAGUGAGCCAUGAAACAGAUCCAGGCAGGAUGUCAGUGGUGGGACAUUGAAACAUCAGUCUUCUGGUUCUGAGCGUACCCACCCUGCAGCUAACAGCUGAUGAAGGCAGGGCUGCCCAUUCCGGCCCAUCAGAUCCUCAGUGUGGGAAAAUAGAUACUUUUUCCUGCCUCCUCCUAGCAUUUUCUCCUUUUGGAAAUCUUUUUCUGGGUCCAUACCACAAUCCUCAGUUACUGCACAAUUCCAGUAAAUCAGAUUUGUAACUUCU